AUGACAGGAGAGUCGUCUGUGGGAAAGUCGAGCAUCGCGCUGCGCUUUGUCAAGGACCAAUUCGAUGAUUUCCGCGAGAGCACGAUUGGAGCUGCAUUCCUUACGCAGACAGUGCGUCGUGAUGAGGAUACGACUGUAAAGUUGGAAAUUUGGUACGUGCCUGCAGCCAAACUCAUUGCAGGGAUACCGCUGGGCAAGAGCGAUACAAAUCGCUGGCACCGAUGUACUACCGAAAUGCACACUGAAUCGCUCGAGAAAGCAAAAGGCUGGAUCCGCGAGCUCCAGCGCCACGCCGAUGCCAACAUUGUGAUUGCGCUUGUCGGGAACAAGCUCGACCUGGGAGAUACACGGCGUAUGAUCUCGACCGAAGAUGGCGCCAAAUAUGCCGAGUCUGAGGGUCUCAUGUUCAUGGAGACAUCGGCCAAGACACCGACAAAUAUCACCGAGCUCUUCGAUGCGAUUACAAAAAAACUGCCUUUGGACCGUGGGAUGGGCGCGGCACAGAAGCGGCAGGCGGGCACGAAUGCAGCUGCCGCUACACAGCAGGGCCGUGGCACUGCACCUGUGCAGCUGAAUGCUGCGCCACCGAGGCAGGAAGACGCUUGUGGUUGCUAA